AUGAAGCUCACCACUACGCAGCUGCUCCUAGCCGGCGCCGCUGGCCUCUCCGGCCUGGCCGCCGCGCUGCCGCACAGAGACAGCCCGCAGCAGCGCUUCCUCAACGGCCUGGCCCUGCCCGACAAGUACGCCGCCGCCGGCGGCCGCCACCGCCCCUACACGCCGGGCCACCGCGACAAGCUCGACCGCUACGUCGACCCGGAGCAGGAGAACCUGGAUCCCUUGCCCUGGCGCAACGGCCAGGGAGCCACCGUCCUGGGGCCGUAUAACCGCGACCGCUCGCGCCAGAGCCCGGACAUGGUGCGCCCGCCUAGCACAGAUCACGGCAAUGUCGCCAACAUGCGCUGGAGCUUUACAGAUUCUCACACUCGAAUUGAGGAAGGCGGAUGGACGAGACAGACGACGGUGCGCGAACUCCCUACCAGUGUCGAGCUGGCUGGCGUCAACAUGAGACUCGACUCUGGCGUCAUCCGUGAGCUUCACUGGCACAAGGAGGCUGAAUGGGCCUAUGUGCUCGAGGGAAGCGUCCGCGUCACCGCGCUCGACUACGAAGGCGGCAACUUUAUCGACGACCUCAACAAGGGCGACCUCUGGUACUUUCCCAGCGGCGUCCCCCAUUCGCUCCAAGGCUUGGGCGAGAAUGGCACCGAGUUUCUGCUCAUCUUUGACGAUGGCAGCUUUUCCGAAGAGUCUACUUUUAUUCUGACUGAUUGGCUUGCUCACACGCCCAAGAGCGUCAUUGCCGAAAACUUCCACCUCGCCCCCGAAGUCUUUGAGCACCUCCCCAAAAGCGAAAAGUACAUUUUCCAGGGCUCGCAGCCCGGCUCCGUCGAGGACGAGCGCCCGCGCGGCCGCCACGUCAAGAAGAGCCGGUACCAGUUCACGCACAAGCUGCUCGACCAGGCGCCCAAGAAGACGUCGGGCGGCGAGGUGCGCAUCGCCGACAGCAGCAACUUUGCCCUCUCCAAGACGGUCGCCGCCGCGCACGCCGUCAUCCAGCCGGGCGCGCUGCGCGAGAUGCACUGGCACCCCGUCGCCGACGAGUGGUCCUACUUUAUCCGCGGGCGCGCGCGCGUCACCAUUUUCGCGGCCGAGGGCAACGCGCGCACCUUUAAUUACGUGGCGGGCGACGUGGGCAUUGUGCCGAAGAACAUGGGCCACUUUGUCGAGAACAUUGGCGACGAGCCGCUCGAGAUGCUCGAAGUCUUUCGCGCGGACCGGUUUCGCGACUUUUCGCUGUUUCAGUGGAUGGGCGAGACGCCGCAGCGCAUGGUGCUGGAUCACUUGUUUGCGGAUGACGAGGAGGCUGGUCAAAAGUUUUGGGAGAGUGUGCGGGAUCCUAACAAGGACGAGAUUACUCAUCCGGGCAAGAGCCUGUUUGACAAGGACAACGACGACGAUAACGACGACGACAAUGAAGAGUUGUAA